UCUAUCCGAUCCCGCCCGUCCCUGAUUCGGUUGCGCCAUCGUCGCCCUCGCUCCUCCGCUUCUUCCUGCCUCCGACGCUGAAGAACGUCAGAAAAGAUCUUCCUCCGUCCUCACCCACCCAAGCGCCGUCCAGACGCGCAUCCCAGACGGUCUCAAACAGCGGGAAGAGAAGUCCAUCUAUCGGAGAGAAAUUCAAAAGAAAUUCGGAUUCCCAGAAAGACAAAAUAAUAGAAAACCCUCGCCCCCCCCCUAAAAAGGGUGCCAUUCUGGGCUGUCGUCUCCGCCUCCUUCGCACCGUCCCCCCUUCAACACUUGCGGGGCCGUUCUGCUGGUCCGACGGACCACCAAACCGGACGGCAUGAGCGGAUUCGCCGAAACAUGUCUGUCGUGCUUCUCGACGGUCGAUCGCUGGUGCCACAUCACGGCGUGCCUGGGUCCCAUCGCCGGUCGCUCGCGCGAUGGCAUCUACGAGACCACCCUCGCCGAUGACGAGCGAGAAGCGGUUUCCGACCUACUCGGCUACUUGGAGAAUCGCACCGAGACCGAUUUCUUUUCCGGCGAACCCCUGCGCGCCUUGAGCACCCUGGUGUACUCGGAAAACGUCGACCUCCAACGGAGUGCGAGCUUGACCUUUGCCGAAAUCACAGAACGAGACGUCCGCGAUGUCGAUCGGGAUACCCUCGAACCCAUCCUCUUCCUCUUACAGAGCUCCGACAUUGAAGUCCAACGGGCCGCCAGCGCCGCCUUGGGCAACCUCGCCGUCAAUGCGGAUAACAAGGUGUUGAUCGUCGCCCUCGGAGGGCUGGCGCCGCUGAUCCGCCAAAUGGUAUCGCCCAACGUCGAGGUCCAGUGCAACGCCGUCGGGUGUAUCACCAAUCUGGCCACCCACGAGGAGAAUAAGGCCAAGAUCGCCCGGUCGGGCGCCCUGGGGCCCCUCAUCCGCCUGGCCAAAUCCAAGGACAUGCGCGUCCAGCGGAAUGCCACGGGGGCGCUCCUGAACAUGACCCACUCUGAUGACAACCGACAGCAACUCGUCAAUGCCGGCGCCAUCCCCGUCCUCGUCCAGCUGCUCUCUUCCCCCGAUGUUGACGUGCAGUACUACUGCACCACCGCGCUCAGCAACAUCGCCGUCGACUCGUCCAACCGCAAGCGCUUGGCCCAGACCGAGUCGCGCCUGGUCCAGUCGCUCGUCCACCUGAUGGACUCCUCCACCCCCAAGGUGCAGUGCCAGGCGGCCUUGGCCCUGCGCAACCUGGCCUCCGACGAGAAGUACCAGCUCGAGAUUGUCCGCGCCAAGGGCCUGCCGCCGCUUCUGCGCCUCCUCCAGUCCUCCUACCUGCCGCUCAUCCUCUCCGCCGUCGCCUGCAUCCGCAACAUCUCCAUCCACCCGCUGAACGAGUCGCCCAUUAUCGACGCCGGCUUCCUCAAGCCCCUGGUUGACCUCCUGGGCUCGACCGACAACGAGGAGAUCCAGUGCCACGCCAUCUCGACCCUGCGGAAUCUGGCCGCCAGCUCCGACCGGAACAAGGAGCUCGUCCUCCAGGCGGGCGCCGUCCAGAAGUGCAAGGACCUGGUCCUACGCGUGCCCCUCAGCGUGCAGUCCGAGAUGACCGCCGCCAUCGCCGUGCUGGCCCUCAGCGAUGAGCUCAAGCCUCACCUGCUGACCCUGGGCGUGUUCGACGUUUUGAUCCCGCUGACCGAGUCGGAGAGCAUCGAAGUGCAAGGGAACAGUGCCGCGGCGCUGGGCAACCUCUCCUCCAAAGUGGGCGACUAUACCAUCUUCGUGCGCGAUUGGGCGGAUCCCAACGGUGGGAUCCACGGCUACCUGCGACGCUUCCUGGCCAGUGGCGACCCAACCUUCCAGCACAUCGCCAUCUGGACGCUCCUGCAGCUGCUGGAGUCGGAGGACCAGCGGCUGAUCGGGUACAUCGCCAAGUCGGAGGACGUGGUGCAGAUGGUCCGGACGAUCUCGGACCGCAAUAUCGAGUCGGACGAGGAGGAGGCCGACGACGGCGAGGGUGAGGUCAUUGCGCUGGCUCGACGAUGCCUCGAAUUCCUGGGGAGUGGGCCGCGACCGACGCUGGUCGAGGGCUGACCGGCGUGCCCUCCAUCCGUGACCGGAAAGUGCUUCUCUCUCUGUUUCUCUUUUUCUCCCUUCUGUCCUCCCCCCCACACCUUCCUUCUGUAGUUCUCUUUUGUCUUCUUUCCAGGUGUUCAGCGGGCAUUUGAUUCGGUGUCUUGAUUUUUCCGCCAGCGAGCAUUCGGCCUGCUCGGAACGCAUCGUGCUGUCGAUGUUGGUUUGCCGGGCCGUGGCUUUUUCGGGAGCCGCUCGGUCCCUGAGAUGAAACCUUUUUCUGUAUGUUGCUAGAGCCGAUCCUUUAUACCGUGCGGUCGAACUGUACCGUUUCUGCUGUUCAUCGGUGUGACUUGUAUAUAUCAUAUACUCUGUAGAUUGUAUCAAGC